AUGGAAAACUACUAUAAAGGAAAAAAUGUUGAGGAAGAAUUGGACCGCCACAAAAUACCAAUUAAAGACCUCCCGACAAAUUUUCUUUGGAUGCAGGUAAAAGGUGGUAGCAAAAUGAGUAAUCUGCUUUCCCAUGCAUCAGGCAUUAUAGAAGAUAAAGCAUCAACAGCUGUAGUAUGGUCAGCUGUCGGAGUAGCUAUCCCUAAGGCAAUAUCUUGUGCAGAAAUUCUUAAAAGACAAUUUUCUAUUGAACAUCAAGUAACGAAGCUCACUAGUAAAAACGUUGAAGAAUAUUGGGAACCAAAAAUUGAUGGCCUAGAAAAACUUAUUGUGAAAAGACAAAUACCAGUUAUUCAUAUAUGUUUAUCAAUAAAUGAAAUUCCAGAUACCAGUCAAUUAGGGUAUCAAACUUUAAAAGGCAAAAAAUUUUGGCAAAAAAGCCCAACCAGCAAUACAAGCAGAAAUCAACAUCAGCCAUACAAGUCAAAGAAGCCUUACAAGCAUAGAAAAGAUCAAAUUAAAUCA